ACUAAUGACGUGUCUCACAAACUCAUUUUUCAGUGGUUCAAUGAAGAGAGAAAAAGAAAGAAAUCUUGCUCCAUCUAAAGAAAAUGCCUUUAACAUUGAAGAAAAGGUUACCAGAGUAUGAAUUUUACAGAGAAUUUAAUAACACUACCAAAAAUUCUAAAACAUUGCUUUGUUUCAGUCUGAAUCGGGAAAACAAGACGCUUUGGGAUCUUUGGGGAUAUACGUACAAUGACCCAUGCCAAAGCCAUGCAGAAAGCAUCAUGUUGAAAGAAGUGGCACGUUUCUUUAAAGAAAACCAUCCAGACACAGUUCAAAAGUACAAACUGACAUUGUAUAUGUCAUUCAGCCCUUGUUAUAAGUGCUGUGAAAGCUUGGCUAACUUUCUGAAAUCAGACGAAAGAAUUGGUCUACAUGUAAGAGCCUCAAAACUAUAUUUCCCUGAGAACUCUAGCAAUCAAAAAGGUCUGCAGCAGCUCAAGCACCUAGGGGUGUCUAUAAAGUGCGAGACAAAUGCCAACCCGGGAAACGUCUCUGCAGACAUUGCUGCACUGGAGAGCAGUCCACUUCACACAGAUCCCAUAGAGGACAACCUAACCCCUGACAACAACAACAGAGACAGGCUACCUGAGAAUGAAACUCCACACAAACACAGCAUUAAAGAUGGAUUGGUUGGCAGUCAUAAAGGAGUUAAAAGGAAGCUUUCUUUUGAAGAUUAAAAAGACAAGACCCCAACAUAUACACACCGCUUGGAUGGUAAUUGUCAAGUUCAUGUAAUACACAGUGUUGCCUUUAGAUAUCAAUUGCACAAAUGAAAAAGAGACUGACUAGAUCAACAGAUAGCCCAGGAUAAACCACAGAUGGAAUUUGUAUAAUUUACAGUACUGGAGAAUCAUUCUGAAUUGCAUGAACCAUACCUACUGUAUCUCUGGUGAGGGUUACCCCUAAACAUAAGCCAGAUCCAUUGCCCAGUACUGCAAGUGCUCUAAGAAUCCUGUGGCUGUGGAUCAGUGUGGACACAUUCAGAUAAAACAGACCAUCAAUGAGAGAUCUGUGAUUGUUUUGCAAAUGUAACUUGCUUUAAUCUGGCUACUCCUUUUUGACAGGUGUAUAAUAUUAUAUAUGAUUCAUAUAUGAUUCUGUAGUACACUAUAAAUAGUAUUAUGACACUGAUGAAAACACUCGAUAUACAUGUAUUACACUGACCCCAUAUCACAACAAUACUUUGUGAAGAUGAUAUACCACAGUGGCAGAAAGCUAUUUCAGUCCUUUACUACAAACCAUUGCUCUUUAUUAUUAGGGAAAUCACUGGCAGUGUAAUUUAGGUUGGGAAAUAAUUAGUUUUUAACAAAUUUAAGAAUAAUGGCAGGGUUUUUGUUAACUGUUUUAUAUUGUUAUUGAUCUUUUUUUUAAUGGAAUUAAUUAUGAAUCAUCAUUUCUUUGGGCUCUAGAAAUGAAGAGGUGAUGCUUAUGACCGCCCUCUGAUAUCAAUGUAAAAUCAUAUCCUUACUAGUUUAUGAAUGGUGUAGAGGCAUGUUUUCAUACCUUGACGUGUCAAAUGAUUGAACAAAGGUAAAAUAAAAUACAAAAUCUCUGA